GGCGGGGCGCGGUGGAGGGAGCGCCCGCGGAGAAGGCCCGGGCGGGGGGCGGCCCGACCCCGCAGGGUCCCGACUGUGCCGGGGGCCGGCGGCCGUUGGUGCUGCGGGGCAAGGGGAUCGUCCCCCUCCCGGGAUCCCGCCCCGCUGUCACGACGCGGCGUUAACGGGAGACGCCCACCCGCGACGCCCCCGGGCGAACGCCUCGUUCGUUUGGGGUCGGGCGUGGCGGUUUGGGCUUGACCCCAAACGGAGGCGCCGGCCGGCCCAUCCCCUCCAGCCUGCCGUCCGCGGGCUCCGGGCUCCGGGCUCCGGGCUCCGGGCUCGGCCCGGGCCAGGGAGGGCCGUCCACUCGCAAACUAAAGGAAAACAGCUCGUAAUUUUAUGAAUGGGCCCCCCGGCUCCUGCCGCCCCCCUCGCCCGCGUCACUAAAUGCUUGGAAGUCGAGAACCGCAGUUACUUUUACGCGGAUCUGUCAGGGGCCGGCAGCGCUCAGGUUGUUUUUCUCCAACUCCUUGGAAAUCGCGGGUGGCGGUGGGGUGGUUUGCGUGCCUCAGACAGGAGGCGGCGGCGUGCCGAGAGCCGGGGGAUCGGAAGGUUAACAAGUGACAUUGGGCUGAGGCCUAACGCCAGGUGCCCUGCCCGGGAGCGCGGGUGUGACGGUGUAGGCUGGGGCUGCCGGCCGCUGGCUCGCACCCCAGCGAGACCGAGGCACCGGGAGGAGGAACGCACAGCUACUCCGGUUGCACCACGCACGCCGCCCAGAUCGCACGGCCGACGCGGGAGUUGGUGCAGGGGAGUUUUCCCCUUUUGCAAACGGUUUUUGGAAAACGUAGCCCCUCAGUGGGUUGAUGGUUACUUAAACCAUCGGUCGUCAUGGUUACGGGGCAUCAAAUGUAAGGGCAAAGUCUGUUUCCACCCUCGCUCGCUCUCCGAAGCUAUGAAGUACUUUGUCACUACGUUUUUACAGACACUGCGCCGGGCGGACAUACUUUUUUAGAGUUGAAGGGAAAGCGUGGGCUCCUUGAAGGCAGGGGUGGUACCACAUUCCUGUUUGAAGUCCACCGUGGUUCUGCUCUGCACAGGAAUUGAAAGGAGUCGGCCUUCUGCACAUUUUGAUGGUUCUCAUCAAAGGAUUUAAAGGAUUCCUUUCAGGAGCCAGAUAGCCUGAGCCCUCAUGAAGCCGGCAAUGACAAGUCUGAAUGGUCGCCAUGCCGAGAAAACCAUUGACAUGCCAAAACCAUCAGCCCCCAGAGUGCACGUGCAGAGGUCCGUGUCCCGAGACACUAUCGCCAUUCACUUCUCGGCAUCCGGGGAGGAGGAGGAGGAAGAAGAGGAGGAGUUCAGGGAGUACCUCGAGGAGGGGCUGGACGACCAAAGAAGCAUUGUAACGGGGCUCGAGGCCAAGGAAGACCUCUAUUUUGAAACCCAGGGUGGCUAUGACUCCACUGGCCCUGCUGCUCAGUCCAUCCUGGCAGAUGGACUGUCCGUGUCCCCUGCCAUUUUGCCCGUCUCCGAGAACACUGUAAAGCUGUUGGAGUCCCCUCCUCCGGCAGUGCAAGUAUUAAGUACAGUGCCAUUGGCUCUGUCCCCAGGGUCAUCUUCGUCCGGGCCCUUAGCUAGCUCUCCCAGUGUGUCAUCCCUUUCUGAGCAGAAAACCAGUUCUUCCUCCCCAUUGUCCUCUCCUUCCAAGUCUCCUAUCCUGUCGUCCAGUGCCUCAGCCUCCACCCUCUCCAGUGCAAAACCCUUCAUGAGCCUUGUGAAGUCCCUGUCGACCGAGGUGGAGCCAAAAGAGUCCCCACACCCCUCGAGGCACAGGCACUUGAUGAAGACAUUAGUCAAGUCUCUGUCCACAGACACCUCCAGGCAGGAGUCGGAUACCGUGUCCUAUAAACCACCGGACUCCAAGCUCAAUUUACACCUGUUCAAGCAGUUCACACAGCCACGGAGCACAGGUGGAGAUUCCAAAACGGCGCCUUCUUCCCCACUGACUUCUCCCUCCGAUACGCGCUCCUUUUUUAAAGUGCCCGAGAUGGAGGCUAAAAUCGAAGACACUAAGCGUCGCCUUUCAGAAGUCAUCUAUGAGCCUUUUCAGCUCCUUAGUAAAAUUAUAGGGGAGGAAAGUGGCAGCCAUAGGCCCAAAGCCUUAUCUUCAAGUGCUUCAGAACUCUCCAAUCUGUCCAGCUUGAACGGUCACUUGGAAAGCAAUAACAACUACAGCAUCAAGGAAGAGGAGUGUGACUCCGAGGGGGACCCCUAUGGGAGUGACCCCAGCGGCCCCGGAAGUGACCCCCCCAGGUCCUCCGAUGAGCCGCCCUCAAGAGAGGCGGAACCGAAGAGUGCCCAGGGCGGGGGUCUGAAGGAUUUAGGCCUGAAGACAAGCUCCCUGGUUCUUGAGAAAUGUUCCUUGUCUGCCUUGGUGAGCAAAGAGGAUGAGGAGUUUUGCGAACUGUACACCGAGGACUUUGAUUUGGAAGCGGAGGUGGAGAGCGCGCCGGACAAGCGCCCAGAUCUCCCUGCCGGGCCCGAGGUGCCGGCGGAUGACGGUCCGACUCUGGACAGUGAGGACGAGGCCCACUCGGCCGUGCAGCACCCGGAGCUGCCGGUGAAGACGCUGGGCUUCUUUAUCAUGUGUGUCUAUGGGUACCUCAUCCUCCCCCUCCCCCAUUACGUGAGCGGACUCUUUCUGGGAAUUGGCCUUGGGUUCAUGACUGCGGUGUGCAUGAUCUGGUUUUUUACACCACCAAGUGCUCAUAAAUAUCACAGAUUACAUAAAAGCCUACAACACUGGAACACGAGGUCCCUGGAUAUCAAAGAACCGGAAAUACUGAAGGGAUGGAUGAAUGAGAUUUACAACUAUGAUCCAGAAACUUACCACGCGACUUUGACCCAUUCAGUCUUUGUUCGACUUGAGGGUGGGACCUUAAGACUUUCAAAACCCAAUAAAAAUAUAUCCAGGAGGGCAAGCUACAAUGAAACAAAGCCAGAGGUUACCUACAUCAGCCAGAAAAUCUACGACCUUUCAGACAGCAAGAUUUAUCUUGUACCUAAAAGUUUGGCUCGAAAACGAAUUUGGAAUAAAAAGUACCCCAUUUGUAUUGAGCUUGGUCGACAAGACGACUUUAUGUCUAAGGCCCAGACUGAUAAAGAGACUUCUGAAGAAAAGCCACCAGCUGAGAGAGAGCUGGGAGGUGAGGACCCUAAGAAGCCACCCCAUCCUCAGGAGGGAACGAGAUCAGGCCAGCGAGAUCAGAUACUGUAUCUCUUUGGGAGAACUGGCCGAGAGAAAGAGGAGUGGUUUAGGCAAUUUAUUCUGGCAUCUAAACUGAAGUCGGAAAUCAAGAAGCCGCCUGGAGUCUCUGGAAGUAAACCAGGGGUUUUGCCCUCACAUAGCAGACACAACAGCCCCUCGGGGCACCUGACCCACAGCCGCAGCAGCAGCAAAGGCAGUGUGGAGGAGGUCAUGUCCCAGCCGAAGCAGAAGGAGCUGGUGGGCAGUGUGCGGCAGAAGAUGCUUCUGGACUACAGCGUGUACAUGGCCAGGUGUGUCCCCCAAGAAAACCGAAGCCCCCAAAGGAGCCCCGUGCAGAGCGCGGAGAGCAGCCCCACGGCUGGGAAGAAGUUGCCAGAGGCUCCACCCUCGGAGGAGGAAGAACAGGAAGCCUGGGUGAAUGCCUUGCUUGGAAGAAUGUUUUGGGACUUCUUAGGAGAGAAAUAUUGGUCUGAUCUGGUGUCUAAGAAAAUCCAAAUGAAACUCAGCAAAAUAAAGCUCCCCUACUUUAUGAAUGAACUAACUCUGACGGAACUUGACAUGGGGGUGGCUGUGCCAAAAAUCCUUCAGGCCUUCAAGCCUUAUGUUGAUCACCAAGGACUCUGGAUCGAUUUGGGAAUGUCCUACAAUGGGUCCUUUCUGAUGACUCUCGAGACCAAAAUGAAUUUGACCAAACUGGGGAAAGAGCCUCUUGUUGAAGCCCUGAAGGUUGGAGAAAUUGGCAAAGAAGGUUGCAGGCCCAGGGCGUACUGUCUGGCGGACAGUGAUGAGGAGUCCUCCAGUGCUGGCUCCUCUGAUGAAGACGACGCUCCAGAGCCCAGCGCGGGAGACAAACCGCUCCUCCCAGGGGCUGAAGGGUAUGUUGGGGGUCAUCGAACAAGCAAGAUUAUGAGGUUUGUUGAUAAAAUUACCAAGUCAAAAUAUUUCCAAAAAGCAACAGAGACAGAGUUCAUUAAAAAGAAGAUUGAAGAAGUCUCCAAUACCCCCCUGCUGCUCACUGUGGAAGUGCAAGAAUGUAGAGGAACCCUGGCGGUCAACAUUCCACCUCCCCCGACUGACCGAAUAUGGUAUGGUUUCCGGAAGCCACCAUAUGUAGAGCUGAAAGCUCGGCCAAAACUUGGAGAGAGAGAAGUGACUCUAGUUCAUGUGACAGACUGGAUAGAGAAGAAACUGGAACAGGAGUUUCAGAAGGUUUUUGUCAUGCCAAACAUGGAUGACGUCUGUAUCCCCAUAAUGCACUCAGCCAUGGACCCUCGCUCCGCUUCCUGCCUCCUCAAAGACCCACUUGUGGAGGCUGCUGACCAGCUGUGAUGGGUGAAGAUCUGACCUUCCCAGUAUUACGAGAUCUGGCUCAAAGUGUGGGGUUCUUGGCUGCUAUCUGCGCCGUAGCACUGGUCUGCCCUUGUGCCACAGCUUCUGCCCUCUGCCUGCCGGUGCCCAUUCCACUGUGCGGUGUCAUUCCACGCAUCCGGGAACUGGUGUCUGCACUGCCUGCUGCAAAGCUUUGACUCAGCAAAGGGACUGUGGAAGAACGACCAUGGUGGAUCCAGAGGUGACAGGUGACUCACACCAUGGCUCCAGUAUUUGUGGCAGCGAGAGCACAGUGCGAGCAAAGCUUACUUGCCCCGACUCCUCCAAAGCUUUUCCUCAGGCAGCCAGUGCACAAUGGAACGUUUUUGCACUUCUAGUCCAUAGGUGAUACAGCUCUCCACGCUUCCAGAGAAUGUCUGUUCAGGAACGUGAGCGGGGUGGGGAGUGGAACUUUGUGAACCAUUUCACUGAUAAAGAGAUACGCGUAGCAACUUACCUUUCCUAUUAAAUUGUGCGUUUUGGAAGCAAGUAGCCAUAGAACAUACACACGCUAACAUCCUAUCAGCUGGGGUGGGGACAGCGAGAUUUAUGUGAAAUCAGGCAAAGCCAUGAGAUCAAACCAUCCCAAGCCUUCUACCACUGAGGUACGAUCACCUGGUUUCUAACUAAUCCCAAAUGUUUUCCUGAGACAUGAGGGUAUGUGAAAAUGGCAAAUACUGCACAUAAAGAAUUGGGGUAGGGGGUGGAAAGCCAGAGCAACGUCUAUCUGGCACUUCCUACGUGCCCUGUGCUUUCUACAGGCCGUCUAAAUGCUUUGUUAAAUCUAACUGGUUCGGGAGGUUUUGAGGUUAUGGGCAGUUUCCUCUUCUGACAGCCAAAGGCGAGAACUCUCUACCACCUUUGAGAGUUGAGACCAAGUUUUGCUCAACAUUAAACACUACGUUAGCUCAGAACUCACGUGACCUUUCUUUAACGUUGCCAAUCUUAUUUUGUGCGUUUGUGUCAGAAGGUCUUAGUUUACAAGUUUGGGGGCUCCCUAGUUGUAUCAUUUGCUUUGAGAAGUACACUUAAAACACAAUUUUUUAUUGUUUAAAAGCUGCAUUCAACAUCAGAACUACCAUGGGUAACUUUUGAUGACUUACAUCUGUGGACAAAGCUAAUCGUGGUUUUUUAAACAGCACCUUGCCUGAACCUGACUUUAAAGAAAUUAAUAUAUUGAAAAAAUAUAUCUGAACCCUUGACUACUUUAAUCGCACCAUUAAAACAUUUGACUUAAAUUA